GGGAUGACUAAGUGAAGAGACCCUGCGUGCUGCUUGUGCUCAGCCACUCUCUGUCCUGCUGUGGAGACAUCAUGUUGCUGGUGUUAAACCUACUUCUUCAAGAUCUGAGGACUAGCUGAGACAUCCAGCUCAUGGACUGAACAACUACUGGAUUCUUGACCUUGCCACCAGGAGAUGGCCGUUGUUGGACCACAGCCUAUUAAGCAUCUUUUGAACGAACAUGACCACGAUAUAGAUGGCAAACAGAAGGAUAUUUCAGAAAUCAACCAAGCUGCAGGCCUGAACCUCUUUGAAGGGGACAUCGUUCUGCCAAGAACCAGAAAUGCCCUGAGAGACCCAACAGCAAGAUGGAAGUUCCCCAUUCCGUACAUCCUAGCUGACAACCUGGAUCUGAAUGCCAAAGGAGCCAUCCUCAAUGCCUUUGAGAUGUUCCGCCUCAGGUCCUGUGUGGAUUUCAAGCCCUAUGAAGGAGAGAGUUCGUACAUCAUCUUCCAGCAAUUUUCUGGGUGCUGGUCUAUGGUCGGCGAUCAACAAGUGGGACAGAACCUUUCUAUUGGUAUGGGCUGUGACUAUAAGGCCAUCAUUGAGCAUGAAAUCCUGCAUGCCCUGGGAUUUUACCACGAACAGUCGAGAACAGACAGGGAUGAUUAUGUGACCAUUUGGUGGGAUGAAAUUCUUUCAGGCUAUGAACACAACUUCAACACCUACGAUGACACCACCAUCACAGACCUCAACACACCCUACGAUUAUGAAUCCCUGAUGCACUAUGCACCGUUUUCAUUUAACAAGAAUGAAAGCAUCCCAACCAUCACUGCCAAGAUCCCUGAGUUUAACAACAUCAUUGGACAGCGCCUGGAUUUCAGUGCCAUUGAUUUAGAGAGACUAAAUCGAAUGUACAAUUGCACUUCAACUCACACCCUGUUGGACCACUGUGCCUUUGAGAAGACAAACAUCUGUGGAAUGAUCCAGGGGACCAGAGAUGAUGAUGACUGGGCCCAUGAGGACAGCAGUCAGCCUGGAAAAGUGGAUCACACAUUGGUGGGACAGUGCAAAGGUGCCGGCUACUUCAUGCACUUCAAUACCAGCUCGGGGGUGACAGGAGAGGUAGCCCUUCUGGAGUCUCGGAUCCUUUACCCCAAGAGGAAGCAACAGUGCCUGCAGUUUUUUUAUAAGAUGACAGGAAGCCCCGCAGACAGACUCAUUGUCUGGGUGAGGAGGGAUGAUGGUGCAGGCACCGUGCGCAAGCUGGCGAGGAUACAGACCUUCCAAGGAGAUUCCGACCACAACUGGAAAAUCGCCCACGUGACACUCACAGAAGAGAAGAAAUUUCGCUAUCUUUUCCAGGGCACCAAAGGUGACCCUGAUAACUCAGGUGGUGGUAUUUUUCUGGAUGACAUCACUCUGACAGAAACCCCCUGCCCCAAAGGGGUUUGGACCAUACGGAAUAUCUCCCAGGUCAUUGCAAACACAGUGAGAGGGGACAAGCUCCUGAGCCCUAGGUUCUACAGUUCUGAAGGCUACGGGGUGGGGGUGACCUUAUAUCCCAAUGGUAGGAUCAGCAGUGAACCUGGCUACCUGGGACUCGCUUUCCACUUGUGCAGUGGGGAGAAUGAUGGGAUUCUGGAGUGGCCAGUGGAAAACAGACAGGCCAUAAUGACCAUGCUGGACCAGGACACUGAUGUCAGGAAGAGGAUGUCCUUAAGCAUGAUGUUCACUACCUCCAACUACCAUACAUCUCCAGCUAUAAACGACUCUGUCAUCUGGGACAGGCCAUCCAAGGUAGGAAUCUAUGAUAAGGACUGUGACUGUUAUAGAAGCAUUGACUGGGGUUGGGGCCAGGCCAUCUCCCACCAGAUGCUGAAGAGAAGACGUUUUUUCAAGGACGACACCCUCAUCAUCUUCAUAGACUUUGAAGAUCUCACCCACCUGAGCAAGACUGAAGUUCCAGUUCCAAUCCAAAGUGUGAACUCCCGAGGUCUCCUUCUUCAAGCUCAGGAGCCUCCUGUCUUGGGAAAAAGCUCUGGAAGAGCUGUAAUGGAGGAAGCCCUGCCAAGCAGCCUGGACCAGGGACAACCCAGCCGACAGAAGCGGUCAGUGAAGAAUACUGGCCCCAUGGAGGAUCACAACUGGCCACAGUACUUCAGAGACCCCUGUGACCCAAACCCAUGCCAGAAUGAUGGCGUCUGUGUGAACGUGAAGGGCAUGGCCAGCUGCAGGUGCGUCUCCGGGCAUGCCUUUUUCUACACGGGAGAGCGCUGUCAGGCCAUGCAAGUACAUGGCAGCGUGCUGGGCCUGAUCAUUGGCGGCAUCACCGGCCUGAUCUUCUUGACCUUUGUCACAUUUAGCAACACUUACCAGAAGCUGAUGCAGUGAGCAGGUCCCUGUGGAUGUCCACCAGACUGCAGAAGGGCCUCGCCCAUCCCGGCUUCCUUCCUGUGCUCAGCGUACUUUGGGAUAAUUUUUAUCAAGCGUGCUUGAAAGGGUUCCCAAAACCAAAGCUGCCAGCCUAGUAUGUGGCUCUUACCACUUCCAUCCCCACAGAGCUCUUGUUAGCCUUCUGUGAAUUCCUGGUGAAUCCUUAUGUCCUGAGCCAGCAGCCAUCACAUUUAAUUAUAAACCUUUGCUUACUUGACCCUCUCCCCUUGCAUCACGCUGGACCCUCUUCCUUUGGAUCGCAAGCUCCAGUCAGGUAGGGACCCGUUAUCAUCAGCCACCACGUUGGCCCCAUUGCUAGAAGCACACUUGGCAGGUGUGUUGUGGGUGCUCCAUAAGUAUUAAAUGAAUGCAGCAACAAGCCAGUGAAUAACUGUGGUGUAAUAGUCUUUUAUUUCUAUUUCAGAGCAUACAACGUACGAUUAAAUCUAUGUGCAGCUAUUUUAAAACCAAACAGUUUUUACCAGACAGUGGUCUUAUUGCUCAUUUAGUAUCCCAUGAAAUGAUUUCAAAGAUGCCUCUGGUAGGCUGAGUUUCCAUGGCAUGUGCUUUCUUUUUGCUCUGGUUUUAAUGGAAAGACUUAAUAAAUCCGAUAAAGAUGGAA